UACUGGUAAAAGAGAAAGAAAAGAGGAGUCUGAUUUAUUGAGCACUGCUGUGUCUCAGCGAUUGCUCGGUGCUUUGUUUCUCUUUGUCAGUAGACUUUUCUGUGGUGACCCCCAUUUAGAGGGUGAGAGAGCUGAGGCACAGAUCCAUUGUGAGGCUUGCCAACUCUUCUGCUGUGUGACUGACCCUGGGUUGAAGCCCAAGUUGUCUGACCCCAGAAUGAUUUCUGAAACAUGGAAUUAGAGCUUCAUUCUUCUAGUCUCCUUGUGUAGCUACUCCAGCUGUAGCGUAUGCCUGGAGGAGAUGAGAAGGUUUUUGUUACUCUAUGCUACGCAGCAAGGACAGGCAAAGGCCAUAGCAGAAGAAAUAUGUGAAAAGGCAGCUGCCCAUGGAUUUUCUGCAGAUCUUCACUGCAUCAGUGAGUCAGAUAAAUAUGAUCUAAAAACUGAAACAGCACCUCUUGUGGUGGUGGUUUCUACCACGGGCACUGGAGACCCACCUGACACAGCACGCAAAUUCGUGAAGAAAAUACAGGACAAGACGCUGCCAGGUGAUUUCUUUGCUCACCUGCGGUAUGGGUUAUUAGGUCUGGGUGAUUCAGAAUACACGUACUUCUGUAAUGGGGGGAAGGUGAUUGACAAGCGGCUUCAGGAGCUGGGUGCCCGGCAUUUCUAUGACACUGGACAUGCGGAUGAUUGUGUGGGUUUAGAACUUGUCGUUGAGCCGUGGAUUGACGGGCUCUGGGCUGCCCUCACAAAGCAUUUUGUGUCAAGGAAAGGAAUAGAACAGAUGAGUGUGACUCUCACAACAGCAUCAACUGCCUCCCAGAGGAUGGACCCUGUGAAACCAGAAUUAAUACACAUCGAAUCACAAGUUGAACUCCUCAGAUUAGAUGACUCAGGAAGAAAGGAUUCUGAGGUUUUGGAACAAAAUGCAGUGAACAGAGACCAGUCAAGUGCUUUGAUAGCAGAACUUGAGUCCUCACUUACCCAUUCAAUACCCCCACUUUCCCAGGCCUCUCUGAAUAUUCCUGCUUUACCACCGGAAUAUUUACAGGUGCAUUUGCAUGAGUCUCCUGGCCAGGAGGAAAGCCAAGAAUCUGUGACUUUAAUGGAUCCCAUUUUUCAAGUUCCAGUUUCAAAGGCAGUUCAGCUGACUACAAAUGAUGCCAUAAAAACCACUCUUCUGGUAGAAUUGGACAUUUCAAAAACAGAUUUUUCCUACCAGCCUGGGGAUGCCUUCAACGUGAUCUGUCCCAACAGUGACUCUGAGGUGCAGAGUCUACUGCAGAGAUUGCAGCUCGCAGACCAAAGGGAACACCAUGUCCUCUUGAACAUUAAGGCUGACACCAAGAAGAAAGGAGCAGCCUUGCCCCAGCAUAUACCUGAGAGAUGUUCUCUCCAGUUCAUUCUUACCUGGUGCCUCGAAAUACGAGCAGUUCCUAAAAAGGCAUUUCUGCGGGCCCUUGUGGACUGUACCAGUGAUGGUGCUGAAAAGCGAAGGCUGCAGGAGCUGUGCAGCCGACAGGGAGCGGCCGAUUAUAACCAUUUUGUGAGGGAUGCCUGUGCCAGCUUGUUAGACCUCCUGCUCGCCUUCCCAUCCUGUCAGCCUCCUCUCAGCCUCCUAUUCGAACACCUUCCGAAGCUCCAGCCCAGACCAUACUCUUGUGCAAGCUCAAGUCUGUCUCACCCAGGGAAGCUUCACUUUGUUUUUAACGUUGUGGAGUUUCUGUCCACCACCACACCCGUGGUUCUUCGGCGAGGCGUGUGCACAGGUUGGCUGGCCACAUUGGUUGAAUCAGUUCUUCAGCCGAACAGACAUGCAUCCCAUGCAGAUGGUGGGAAGGCCCUGGCUCCACAGAUAUCCAUUUCUCCUCGCACAGCAAACUCUUUCCACUUGCCAAAUGACCCCUCCAUCCCCAUCAUCAUGGUGGGUCCUGGAACUGGCGUAGCGCCCUUCAUUGGUUUCCUGCAGCAUAGAGAGAAACUCCAAGAACAGCAUCCAGACGGACACUAUGGGGCGAUGUGGUUGUUUUUUGGCUGUAGACAUCAGGAGAGGGAUUAUUUAUUCAGAGAAGAGCUCAGACAUUUCCAUGAGCGUGGAAUCCUCACUCACCUGAAGGUUUCCUUCUCAAGAGACUCUCCUGCCGGGAAGGAGCAAGCCCCCGUGAAGUACGUGCAGGACAACAUCCAGCUUCACAGCAAGCAGGUGGCAAGGCUCCUCCUUCAUGAGAACGGUUACAUUUACGUGUGUGGAGAUGCUAAGAAUAUGGCCAGGGAUGUAAAUGAUACCCUUGUGGAAAUAAUAAGCAAAGAGGUUGGAGUUGAUAAACUGGAAGCAAUGAAAACUUUGGCUACUUUAAAAGAAGAAAAACGCUAUCUUCAGGAUGUAUGGUCAUAAAAGCAGGAAAUGAAGAGAAUUGAGGUUAUUUUAUUUAUUUUAUUUUUUUUACUGAAAUUACUAAAAGACACCUUCACUGAAGUUUCGAUUUUUAAAAUUUAAAAAAAAAUUGUUUUAAAUUUUGGUUAGGGAGAGUGGGGAGUGGAUCACUUAAUAGAAUAACUAACUUCCAGUUUGGUUUUCCUUAUCCACCCCUAAUCUCCUUCCCCUCCCCAAAUCAGCCUGUGGCCUUUAGGCCCCCUGGGCUAAGGGGCAGCCCUCAACCCUCCACCAGCACCUCCCUCCUGGGGCCACGUCCACAUCCUGGGGAACUUCACAGAGACCUGACCAGAUCGCAGGGAGCCUGUAUCAGUGAGUGUGGGGGCUUCCCAAUGUGGGAUGUGGGCACCUGAGUCCCUCAGGCAAAUAGUUAAAUCUGGGAACUCAUGUUGCCAAUUUUUUAAAUAAUGUAAAAAUAAUUUAUAAUUCUUACAUGAAAUGUACCAUAAAGAUUAUACAUGUAUAGAAUAUCUAUUAUAAUUAUGUUUCUAUUACCUUAUCAGAUGUUUAUUUUAAUUCCCAAAACUAUAUUUCUGAUAACAAAUAUUUUAAGGUAAUGCUUAUAGGGAAUUUUUCUGUGUGUGAUCCUAGAAAUAUGAAAUAUAUUUUGAAAUUCUAUUUUGGUGUAUGAUUUAUUUAUCUCAAUUACUUUUUGACAUUACAAUUCUAGAAUUUAGGAAAAUUUGCAUUCAAUUUACAGAUAUGAGCAAAAACCUAUCAUAGUAAAGCUACAACCUCUUUUCCCUCCCUUUCUCCCAUCCCCAAAUCUUUUCAUUUUGGCAUGUUCGGUAGUUUUUCCACAUAACUUACCCCCAUGAUCACUCAAAUUUUUAUCUUAGACUUAAAAUGUCUACUUAAUGAAAAGAAAAGAGAAACAUGUUGAAAUUUUACCAUUUUCUUAACAUGUUGUAUCUUUACCAUGUUAAAAUGCAGAAACUGGAAUACAGAAUGUCCAAUAUAUAACUGUCA